UUUCUCAUCUGUUUCAAUGUUUCUCUCUGUUUCCCUCUUUCCUUUUCAAACUCACUAGUUCAACUUAUGAAGAGAUUGAGAGAGAAAGAGAUUCUGCGAAUACUCAUGAAAUUCUGUUCAUGUUCCAUUUCAUCUUUCCCUCUCUUUUUUUGCCUUCUUUUUUCACCCUUUUUUCCCAUUCUCUAACCUCAUCAUCAUCAUCAUCACUCUCUGAUCAAGUUUUUGUUUCUUUUUCUUCUUCUUCUUUUCUCAUGUUUUAUCAUGUCAUCUGAUUAAUUCCGUCCUGCAUUGUAAUAAAAGUUGUAUUAUAAGGUCAUACUUGCAACCAUUGAUUAGUAUAUUUUCAUUUGAAUAAAAACAAUAAACAACUUUCUUCUUCUUCACUCUUCUUCCUGCUCUUUCAGUUGUCAUUCAUUCAUCUGUUCAUUUUCAUACUUGCACCGUUGACCUUUUGCCAAAAAAUUAAAGUGCCUCAAUUGGUUCAUUGGAACAACAUUUGUCUUCUCAACUGUUCAUCAAAAUCUUAACUCUGCUCAUCAUCAGCAGCUUCUUCUUCUUUACCCUUGUUUUCAGUUUUAUUCACAUUCCACUGAAUGUAAUAUAAUGUCCAAAAUAUUUAGCAUCUCUUAUACCAAGAAUGGUCAACAUCACCAUCAACCUCAACACGAUUAUGAUAGCGACAAUGAUGAUAGUCGAUCAAUCGAUUCAGGUGACAGUGCAACAGCAAUUCGGAUAAAAAGGUUUCCAUUCGAGGCGAAAAGUCCCAAAAAAGAGAUUUUUGUCCAAAAAGUUGAUGAUUUAACACCAAAACAUUUAAAGUUUAACCAGGCAAUCAAAGAUGCUCGAAACCUGAAAAACUGGCUCGAUCGAACUUGCAUUGCACUAAAAGGAUACAUCAAGUCUAAAACUGAGAAACGAAGUGAAAGCCUUGGCUCUUGUGAUUCAAUUGAAAGAGAUUUUGAUGAUUUUGAUGGACAACAAGUACACAUCAAACCUGAACCAAUUGAAGUCUUAUGCCAAUUGACUAAAUUCAGUAAACAAGAGCUUCAAGUAAUGUACAGAGGAUUCAAACAGGAUUGUCCAUCAGGAGUUGUAAAAGAGGAUAUGUUUAAAGUCAUUUAUGCUCAAUUUUUUCCUCGAGGAUCAGAUGCGAGUCAAUAUGCACAUUAUAUUUUCAAUUCAUUUGAUCCGGAACACACUGGAUCCAUCACGUUUACGGAUUUUGUUGUUGGUUUAUCAGUCUUAGCCCGUGGGAGUGUCCAAGAUAAACUACGCUGGGCUUUCAAUUUAUAUGAUGUAAAUGGUGAUGGUGUGUUGACCAAGGAUGAAUUUGCCCAAAUAAUCUCGGCUGUUUAUGAUCUUAUGGGUAAAUCAGUUGAAUUUGUUCUUGAUGGUAAAGAGCAAACUGAUCGAGUAUUUAGGAAAUUUGAUCAAAAACAAAAAGGAGUUAUCAAUUUACAAGAAUUCAUCGAUUCGUGUCUUCAAGAUGAAUCAAUUACAAAAUCAUUAUCCGCUCUCGACACCAUAUUUUGAAUGGAUACUAAAAGCACAAUUGACAUUAUCUGAUUGGAAACAUUUUACCUGCCAAUUUGUUUCAAUUUGAUAUUCGGUUUAUGAGUCCAGUUAUGAGAUCUUCAAGGGAUCAAGCGAAAGCGAAAGUAGAAAGACCAAAUUCAAGUGUAAAGACAAACAAAAUUGUAACCCAAUUAAUUGUAUUUGUGAAGCUAGAUUUUGAUUGCUAAUAAUCAAUUACAAUGCUGUUUUUUACUGAACAUGGAAUUGUUGAAACUCAAGUUGAAAUGGUAUUUAAUCAUGGUUCCAUGUCUAGAUUCAAGAUUGGAUUAUCAAGUUUAAUCAUUCAACCAGGGAACCAGGAAUGAUCACUAUGAUUCUUGGUAACAAUCAAAUCAAAUAAAAAAACAAUUGACGAGCUGCUUGGACCAAACCAACUCUUCAAGCUAACAGCACAAUGUUGCAAAAUUAAAUUACAAUAAUCAAGAGCAACUGAUUUUUGUAACUAUUAUAAAGAGGCAGUUAAAUGACAAAUUGAUCAUAAUAAAAAAGAAACUCAAUUUUAAUGAUGGAAAAAGUUAAUUAUCUUGUUUUAUUUAUCCUCACUGUCCUUUGGUUUCAUUCAGUAAACUAACAAAUCCAACUUGAACAUCAUUAUAUUUUCAAUUGUAUUUGAGUUAAAUGAAUUGAACUCUUUUUUUUACUGACAAGCAUAAAUAAAUCUGUUGAAAUUCAUAUGAAGAUAAAGUUGCAAUCCAAUGGAAUGAGAUAAUCAAUUGAUUUUCAUUACAUUCGAUUUCAUCCUGGUCAAUUGAAAAGAACACCAUUUUUU